CCCCUGCCUAGCGUAAUGACAGCUUUGUUGUAUCAGGUUGUGCAAGGUGGUGCCUGUAUGCUUCAACAUAUGCCUACACUUGCAGGCUUUUGAGUCUACUUGCCAUAAUGUCCCUGAAUUUGUAUAUACCAAAAGUUAUUUUUUUUUGGCUUGUAGAGAGGGGUGUGCAGGAGAUAGUUCUAUCUAACUGGAACCUAAAACUUCACAACAGAUUUCAGUAGUGCCCUGGAAGCAAGACUAACCAGGUUAUUCAUCAAAAAGAAAAUGCAGAACAUAAAGGACUAAUUAUUAGGUCCCUUUCCAUUCCACAAAGUAUGCUUGCUGCCUGCUACAUGCAGUUUUCUCCUCCCUCCCUCGACCUUGAAGAUGACUGCGAUAUUUUCAUCCGAAAUGUCAGCUGACUAUCGCCGGGCUACGAGGCUUUAUUUCCCAAAUGAUGGAAUCCGUCACGCUAAUAAAUUUGACAAUUGACAGUACUGAGCGGCAUUGAGUUGCAUCCCCCUGGUACUGAGCAUGUGAACCUGUAGUUAUGUUUUGGCACGCAUCCCUGGUUUUUGGGCGCGUAACUAAUAAAUACAGCUGUCAAUUUGUGAAAGUCUAUUCUGAGCAAUUCUGUAAUUACCUCGUUCUGGUCUACAUUCGCUCAGUACCGAAGAUAUCCGAUUGGAUCACGGUAACCGAUGCAAACAGUCUACAACGGUCUACAAGAUUCAGCCAAUUAUUUAGUAACCUUGCCCAUGCCCAGACAAAAUGGCUGCCUUAUGACGAUAUUAUAGUUUGGUUAUUUGAGAAUUGUGCAGUUUAUGUUGUGCGAAGUGAUGAAUGGCUCCAUUGGGAGGAGUGGGAAGCUGUGACUUGGCUGCUCCACCAACAAGAAGCUCAAGUCCUGUGUAGUUCAGCAAUCAAACAGUUUCUAGAUGGUCGUGGUGAGUGGUGGCUGGGUCAAGUCUGUGGUUUACCCCAACAGUGGAGAUGUGAUAGCUACUAGUAAGAUGGCUGCGAAGGCUGUUCUCAUUUGCCGACCAAAUUCCCAUCCCUUUCAAGAGCGGUCACUGACAUUGGACCAGCCAGUGAAAAUUGGGCGUUCAGUGGCUCGGGCUCGGGCAACACCUAAUAAUGCCAUCUUUGACUGCAAAGUGCUUUCCCGUAAUCAUGCUCUGUUAUGGUAUGAGAAUGGAAAGUUUUACUUGCAGGAUACAAAAAGUAGCAAUGGCACAUUUGUCAACAAUCAGCGGCUCAGUAAGGGAGCAGAAGAAUCACCACCUCGGGAGGUCUGUUCUGGUGAUAUUGUUCAGUUUGGAGUUGAUGUUAUGGAGAAUUCUAGGAAGGUGACACACGGCUGCAUUGUUGCCACACUGAAGUUAUACUUACCAGAUGGUAAAGAAGCAAAGGCAAGUCCAUCCACAUCUGUUAUCAGCUCAGUGGGGAUGGUGCCAUUGGAAGACCUGUAUCAGCUGAAUCAGUACCUGCAGGAAGCCUUGCAGAGAGAGCAGCUUCUGGAAAACAAAUUGGCGACACUGCAACGAUUAGUAGAAACAACACGUCAGGCAUCAGAUCUUGGUUGGAAAGCACUUAUAGAUGAGGAUCGUCUUCUAUCACGUGUUGAAAUUCUGGAGAAUCAGUUACAAAUGUAUUCAAAAAAUUUUGCAGAGGAUAAGCUGCGAGAGGAGCUACGGAAGUUACAGGAAGAUAAGUGUCAGUAUCAGGGUACAGCCAAGGAGUCACUCCGCAAAAUGCUGCAAGAGAAACUAGAAGCAGUACAAAAGAUGCAGGAUCUUGAACGGACACUGAGCAACACAGAGGAUGAGUGUGCCCAUCUUAAGGAGCUAUGUGAGCGCAGCCAGCAGGACCUAAAAGAUCUUGCAUUAAAAUAUAGUCUACAAUUGCAGAAAGUGGAGGAUCUCACAUCUAAACUGCAGGAAACUGAGGAUCAGCAUCGAGAAGUGUGUGAACGUUUAGAACAAGAAAAGCAAGAGUUGCAGGCUAGGUUACAAGAACAGCUGGAGGCAGAACGAGCGUUACAGCUGCGUCUGGAAGCAUUGCAGGCAGAUGGAGAUAUGACACAAAAACAACUGGCAGCCCUACAGUCACAUCUCCACGCUCUGCAACCCAAUAACGAUAUUGAUACCAAAAUAGAUCUCGACAGCUUUAAAUCUACUGAUUCGACAGCCACCCAGGUGGACAUUAUCUUGGAACGAAUUGAACCAGACAACAUGAAGGAGGCAUUACAAAAUACUCAAGAUGAGAUCGAGAACCUGCGGUCCCUUCUCAAGAGGUCUGAGGAGGAAUUAAAGGAGAGUCAUGCAAGAGUGGAUGAACUCCACACACAACUAGAAGAAUCCCGAAUACAAGAAGAUUCAAACUCUGAGCGAAUUCGUGAGCUUCAGGAACGAUUAGAAGGAUUAGAAUUAGAUUUGGAAUUGGAUCGAGUUGAAAGUUGCCGUGAAAGUGGAGACUGUGAUAAGAUACAUGUCUCCCAUGAGGCAGGUUCCAGUCAUGCGAAGAGGCUGAAAGCUGACAUUGCUAAACUAGAAGAGUUACUUGCGGAGUCGCGUGGCAAGAAGCGUGAUGCUGAGGCUGAGCAGCAGCAUUAUCAGCAUGAAUUAGAUUGUGCCAAACUCAAAAUGAAGAAAACCACAGAGGAGGCAAACAUGUUGAAGCACCAGCUGCAGGCAGCCCAAAAUCAGAUGCAGGAAAAGUCUGAAUCAGUAACCAGAUUACACGAACAAAUGCAUUGGCUUGAAACAUCAGCUGAUGAGGUGAAGUUUCAAGUAUUACAGUUGCAGGAACGGCUCCAAGAUGAACAGCAGCGCAGUGUUCAAUAUUCUGAGGAAGCUGAGGCCUUACGUUAUCAACUGAUGGAAUCUCAGCAGAGUGCGAAACAAAGCCGUAAUGAAGCUGAGCAGAUGAAAGACAGACUGAGAGCCGUUCAAGAGGAACUGAAACAUCAUGCUGGUAGUGAAGAUAAUAAAAGUCAAGAAGAAUGGAUCCAGGUUAGGCAGCGGUGCAAGGCACUGGAGGCAGAUAAUGCCAGGCUGAAGGAGGAAUACCGUGCGCUUGAAGAGCGAAACCUUGUUCUGAAUCACAAUUUGGAAGCUUGUAUGUUACAAUGUGACUCAGAAAGCAUGUCUUCAGAGCUGAGUGAGUGCAGGAUGCAGCGUGAUCAAAUUUGUCAAAAUCUUCAUCGUUUGCAAGAAGAAAUGGUGAUUGUCAAAGAGUGCUAUGCCCAGUGUAAUGAAGCUAAAACACAACUGUCACAAGAUUUGGCAUCAUUGCAACAGGAAUAUUCCAGUCUCAUCAGCAGUUCUAGUAUAGUUUUAUGGUGCUGUUUGGUGCCCCUUAUUGUCGUGUUUUUGGGAAUAAUAGUGAUGUUUUACCCAACGUUAGCCUUCAUUACUGGUACAUCUGAGUCAGAACAUCCUCAGUGAUUAAACAUUAUUGUGAUGAAGAGUUUGGUGUGUGUCAGCAUAUUUUUUUUUUCAUUUGAAAUGAUUAGAAAAGUUGUUUUGAAAAGCACAGAACUAAACAAGUGGCCCAGACAUAGGGAUGCUAUGUCAGUGAACUAAAAAAAUAUUAUAUGUUGUCUCAGUUUUCAUAUAUUUAUUAUGAUUUUCUUUGUUAUUGUAUAAUGUAGAAAUAACUUUUUAAAUUUUUAUUUAUAUAAUGUUGAACUGAUUGUCAAAUACUCAUGACAUAGACAUCCCACUUUGGACCCUUGAUCAUGUUGUUAGUGCAAGUAAUAACAUUACAAAGAUAUGAAUUUUUGAGUGUGAUUAUCAUUGUGAGUUUGAGAAAGUGUUGGAUUUCAUAUUAAGUGUUGCAAACCAAGAAAUGUCUAUUUAGGUUACCAUUCUUUUUAUGAGAGCAAGUAUGUGUACUAUGACUCAUUAGUGAAAUAAUCCAAAAUUAGGAGGACAGUUGAAGCCCUUUCCAGAAUGAAGACAUUUUCGAAACGUGCUUGUGGCUAUGUCGUAAAAUGUAACGUUAGUCCAUAAUAACCUUAUUAAGGUAGGGAAUCAGAAUUGAUUUUGUUUGCAUUUCUCAGCCCUUUUGACUCCUAUAUGAGAACUAAUCUGACAUUUGAUAAGUGCCAGCUUAGCUAUGAAAACAUGUCACUUUCUAGUUUCCUUUACUCCAACACUAUGCCAUUUUUAAGGAAAGUUUGAACUCUUUGGAUUAACAUCCAGCACGAGUCCUUGGCAUUGCAAUGAAAACCAGCUUGCAACUGCCAGUUAGUUAUUCUGUUGUACCAUCCACUUUCCAUAUUAAUAUAGAUUGGAAAGAAAGUUGAAUGUAAAUUUAAGUGGAAAGGGUUAACUUUAUUCCAUUUUUUUUUUUCAGUAGUUUCAACCAUUUGAGACAUUGUCCAAAUUUUCUGUAGUGAAUGAAAGCUAAACUGCUUCUCAAUAUAACUGGCAACUCCUGUUUGACUGAAAAUGGGAAGAAAUAAUUUUUAAGAAAAAUUUCAAGCUGCAUAAUUCCCUGAGACCUCCAUGUCAGCUUCAUGAAUUGUGGAUGGAAUAGAGUAAUUUAUUUUAUUUAUUUAUUACUUGUUAAGUUAGAAUUGUUUGGCAUUUAGUAUUUUUUAUAUGCCAGAAAAUAGUUGUGAUGAUUUUUUAUAAGGCCUUCUCACAACUCAUAGCAUUGGGUACUUAAUGCAGGAAUUAUGACAUUACUCUAUGAUUAAUAAUGUGAAAUCAGUUUUAUGUGUUAUUUAGUCUACAGUAGAGAUGUUAGAUUUCAUGACUUUUGCUGCUCUUGCAGGAAUUAAUAGAGAACAUCAUGUUCUUAUGCAAUAUGUUAUGACUGUGUUAACUCUGUCAUCAUCUUUGGCAAUCCUGCAUUCCAGCUUCUGCUGUGUAAUUAGCAGCAGUUUCUGAACCUAAGCUAUACUUGAAAAUGACAGUCACUGAAUGUAUAGUUAUAGUCCUCAAUUUUCACAUGAUGAAUGUUGAGGAGGAAGCUUGCUGUAUAUUGUCAUCAGCAGUGAAGUGGCGCUUAUAAGACACCCCUAGUACAUUCGUAAUUGUUGAUGGAAGUGCAUAAAACAUUGUGAGUCAGAUUAAACCCAUAUAAAUAAUGUCACAUAUUUAGUGACUAGACUUGGAAUUUGGAUUGGUA